GGUGACGGGAGGCGGACACGUCUUCGCCGCCCAUAAGGAGGAGGAGGAGGAGGCCGGGCCCGGUGGCUCCUGUAUGAGCCGUAUAAGGAGGAAGCUGGGCUCUCUUCCACCACUAUACCGGAGGACCGGCUGAGGCGCAAUGUCCGGGGAAGUGGUGCGGGACUUCUACAGCCAGCUGCCCAAAGUGGAGCUGCAUGCCCACCUGAAUGGCUCCAUAAGUUCUGCCACCAUGAAAAAGCUCAUGGCCCAAAAACCCCAUCUUCAAAUACAGAAUGGAAUGACAAUGAUAGAAAAAGGCCAGAAGAGGACUCUAGAAGAAUGUUUUCAAAUGUUCAAAAUAAUUCACCAGAUUACAGAUACACCUGAAGACAUAUUACUGGUUACCAAAGAUGUUAUUAAAGAGUUUGCAGAAGACGGUGUCAAGUACCUAGAAUUACGAAGCACGCCAAGAGAGUCUUCCUCAGGGAUGUCUAAAAGAACAUAUGUGGAGACUGUGCUUGAAGGCAUUAAGCAGAGUAAGGCUGAGGAAGUGGACAUUGAUGUAAGGUUCUUACUAGCAAUUGAUAGAAGAGGUGGCCCAACAGUUGCCAAACAAACUGUUAAACUGGCUGAAGAAUUUUUCUAUUCUACCAAUGACCUUGUGCUAGGCCUAGACCUUAGUGGAGAUCCAACCGUUGGACAUGGAAAAGACUUUAUGGAACCACUCACUGAAGCUAAAAGGUCGGGCCUCAAACUAGCUCUUCAUUUGUCAGAGGUGCCAAGUCAAGAAGAGGAGACCGGGCUUCUCCUCAAUAUCCCCCCGGAUAGAAUUGGACAUGGGACUUUCCUUUGUAACUCUCCAAAAAUAGUUGAAGUGGUUAAGGAGCAGCGCAUACCCAUGGAACUCUGCUUGACCUCAAAUGUUAAAGGACAGACUGUCUCUUCAUAUGACAAGCAUCAUUUUGGAUUCUGGUACAAUUUGCAUCACCCAUCUGUGUUAUGCACUGACGAUAAAGGCGUCUUCGCUACAGAUCUUUCCCUGGAAUAUGAAAUAGCUGCUAAGACAUUUAACCUGAGUUCACAACAAAUAUGGGAAUUGUCCAACCAAGCCAUAAAUUAUAUCUUUGCUCCAGAACAUAUCAAAUCAAACCUUAAGGAAAAGUGGACAAAGAUGAAACCAGAGGUAUUCAGACAUGUGCAGGAAUAAUGCAAAUGAUGGCAGUGACUAACCUACGACCUCAGGGACUGGAAGGUAGUUUUCCCUGGAAGCAUAAAUCUUAUAGAGUGUGCAUCCAUCUACUGACUUCUAGACUAUUUGCUACAAUGCACAACUUGGUUUUAUUCUAUUUUAUAUAGCUCAAUGGCUGCAAUUAUUGUUAAAGAUUCCAUCUAUGAAUUCUAAAAUAUAUGUGUUUUAGUGAA